AUGAAGGCUUCUCUCGCUCUUGCCGUGGCCAAUGCCAUGCUUGCUCUCGCCAGCCCCGUCCACAAGCGUCUCUACGUCACCGAUCUCGACAUUAAGACCGUCACGGUCUUCGUCUACCCCGACGGUUCCCCUGCUACUCACCUUGGCCCUCAGCCCACCGACAAGGCUUUCGUUGUCUUCGAGAACAUCGCGAACCCCCAACCUACCCCCGAACCCCAGCCCGAGCCCACUCCUGCUCCUGCCCCCGAGCCUGAACCGGAGCCGGCGCCCGUUGCUGAGCCCGAGCCUGCUCCCGUCGUCGAGACCCCUGUCGAGCAACCCACCGCCGAACAGCCCCAGGCGCAGCCUGAGCCCGUCCAGGCUGCUCCUGCUGGCAGCGCCCAGGAAGCCUCGCUCAAUGCCCACAACGUCCACCGCUCCAACCACUCCGCCCCCGCCGUGACCUGGGAUAGCAACCUUGCUUCGUACGCCCAGCAGCUCGCCAACACUUGCAACUACGGCCAUGACACUAAAAUUGGUGGCGGUGGUUAUGGCCAGAACAUUGCCAUGUCCGCUUCUACUGGCGAUCUCCCCGGUGACGCCGAUGCCCUCCAGCGCGCCAUCACUGGUCUCUGGUACAACGACGAGUUCAGCUUGUACCCCAGCUUCGGUGCCAACCCCGACAUGACCAACUUCGAGAAGUGGGGCCACCUUUCUCAGAUUGUCUGGGCCAGCACCACGACCAUCGGCUGCGCUAUCUCCUACUGCGAAGCCGGCCAGCUUGCUAGCGGCAUGCGUGGCUGGUUCGCCGUCUGCAACUACGGCCCUGCCGGAAACGUUCCUGGCGCGUACGCCGAGAACGUCAAGGUUCCCCUCGGCAACCCCACCGUCCUUGCGUAA